GCCAGCCCGCUCGAGCUGCAACCACAGUGGUCGCGGUCGCCACCUCGGUUCCCCUUCCAAGCGGCGGACUCCGCGCCGCGCCGCGCCGACGACGCCAAACCCCUCCCCAAACGCCGCCCGCCUCGCGAAAAAUGCCGCCCAAACCCGCGCCGCGGCUCUUCCUGUACGUCUCCAACAAGUCGCGCAAGACGCCGACGUCAACGGCGCUCGCCGCCCCAGCCAUCCACGAUGCCUCCGCGUCCGACGCCGACGCCGACGCGGUGUACCGCAUCGUCACGGCCGCGCCCACGCCGUCCGCGAUGGAGUCCGCGCUCGCGGCCUCUACCGUUCCGCUCACCGCCCCUCUCCUCGACCUCGUGAUGCGCCGCUUCCGCUUCGCCCACGGGGACCCGCUCCGCGCGCUCUCGCUCCUCUCCCUCUCCGCCGACCGCGGCGGAGUCGCGCCCUCCGCCUUCGCGCUCGACACCGCGCUCUACGUGCUCGGCAGGGCACGCCGGUUCGCGAACAUGUGGGAGCUCCUCCAGUCCAUCCGCCGCCUCUGCCCGGAUGCCGUCACCCGGCGGACCGCCAUGGUCGUCCUCGGCCGCGUCGCCAAGGUCUGCUCCGUGCGCGAGACCGUCGCUUCCUUCCGCCGCCUCACGCGGAUGUUCCGCGCCGCCGACACGGCCGGCUUCUUCAACGCUUUGCUCCGCACGCUCUGCCAGGAGAAGAGCAUGUCCGACGCGCGCAACGUCUACCACGCGCUCAAGUACGAGUUCCAGGUGAACCGCCAGACGUUCAACAUCCUGCUCUCCGGCUGGAAAUCAGCCGAGGACGCGGAGGCGUUCUUCGCCGAGAUGCAGGAGCUCAGGGUGGAGCCCGACCUGGUUACCUACAACAGUUUGAUCGAUUGCCACUGCAAGAACCGGGACGUGGACAAGGCCUACAAGCUGCUCGACGAAAUGCAGGAGAAGGACAUUUCUCCCGAUGUGAUCACUUACACAAGCUUGAUUGGUGGGCUGGGGUUGAUUGGUCAACCCGACAAGGCAAAGGACUUGCUGAAGGAGAUGCAUGAGCUAGGGUGCUACCCAGACGUCCCUGCAUACAAUGCAGCGAUCAGGAACUUUGUUAUAGCGAAGAGGCUUGGGGAUGCAUUUGCAUUGAUGGAUGAAAUGGCCUCAAAGGGACUGAUGCCGAAUUCCACAACUUAUAACCUUUUCUUCAGGUGCUAUUACUGGGCAUACGACAUUGGCAGUGCAUGGCGGUUAUAUGAGCGGAUGCGGUUUGAAGGAUGCUUCCCGAACACGCAGUCUUGCAUGUUUAUCAUCAGGCUGUGCCAUCGGCAUGGGAAAGUGGCACAGGCACUUGAGCUGUGGAGUGAUAUGGUCAGCAACGGGUUUGGAUCAUUUACCUUGGUAUCAGAUGUGCUGUUCGACCUAUUGUGUGACGAGGGGAAGUUGGAGGAAGCCGAGAGGUGCUUCCAUCAAAUGAUUGAGUUGGGGCAGAAGCCUAGCAAUGUUGCAUUUAGAAGAAUAAAGAUACUUAUGCAGCUUGCCAAACAGGAAGAAUCUAUUGCUAGGUUAACUGAAAAGAUGGCACAAUUCGGGCGAUUGGCACCUGAAGAUUGCCAAAGGGUUCAUAACUCUGCUGAAAACAGGCCUUAUAAUGGUGAUGGAGCUGAUGCUGAUACAAUGGGAGCAAUUUAGCAUAUGCUUUUGGAUGAUGACGAUGAUGAAUUGGUGACCAUAAAUUUGGUCGAGCAGAUAAAUAAUUAUUGGAUUUUCCUGAGUUCUGUACUCUGAUGUAUACCAUGAAACUUUUCAAGUUUCAAGAUUUCCCUUGUUCAUUCAAACUUAUUGGUCAUGUUGCUUUGGUAGUUGCUGACGAGCUAACAGCGACACACAAUUCAGUAUGUCAUCUACAGAUGGCCCAAUUGUGCUGUCAAAUACCAUAGAUUCUUUUUUCCCAAAUAAAAAAAUCAUUUCAUGAAGGAGCAUUCUAGCCUGCCUGUUGAAAUGAAAGGCUCCAUGAUUGUUUGACAAGUGCAUUUGAAUUGCAGGGGAGAAUUCUUAGCACAAAGUGCCUUGUCUGGGUGGAGGCUUCAACAGACGAGACCCUAUUGUGCUCCGAGCCCCGGAUUACAAAUCAGGGCCAAGCAAUGCACCAAAGCCGCAGCUAGACGCGUGAAACGUCAUAUUGAACAGUGUGGCUAAUCAAACAAGUGCGGCAGCAGCAUCUUGACACCACACUGUUCGAGUUCCAGUACCUAGAUGUUGGUUUAUUUAUGGAUUUUUUUUGGAACUAGAUCAUGCGAUCUCUAGGUGUUUUUGAUCUGUCACGGUCCAUGCCAUUGUGCCAUUGCCGUACGCGUACGCCAGUAGUCCUGUGUUGGUUGAAUGACUUGUGGAGUCAGGCUGCAAGUGAAUACGUGAGUGCUAAGUGGGGUGGCAAACUUGACAGUUUGCAAGAGGAAUUAUCCUUGUGUUGUUGCCAGUGUUGAGAAGGUGGAGUUUAAUGUAAGUGAUCUUGUACCGCACAACAAGCAAACAAUGAA